CUCUUGGACGGAUUCAUUCAAGGACACUGGGAGGAUGGACGCGUGUUUGGAGACAUGAAACCACUAAAUCCAGAUCUGAGUCCUCUGGAUACCGAAGAUGUAGGUACAAGUAGAGAUGAAAAGAGUUGGUGUAGGUUUUUGGAUAGGGUUCGGGUCUUGGGAUGUCCGGUUUUUGUCGCCACUCCCCCUCCUGGUCCCACUCUGAAUGGAACAUCCUGGACUGGUCUGGGUCUAAGGAAGGCGAGUUUCAACUGACAACAUCGCAGGGGGUAAGUCCGCUUCUCCGCACUUGAGCGCACUUUUACGGGCACAUAUCAGAUUCGCAUGCCGUUGUAAAUUCCCCUCGUCUUUAUUUCUUUCCUCUAGAACAAUGUUGGGCUUGAGUUUUUGCAGUUUGUUUUGAGACAGCGCGACUUGAAGUAGCAGGCUUCUGUUUUUUUGGGAAUGCUUCUCCAGUCAGCCAGGAAAGAGCAGAGAGUGACAGUCCUUGUCAAUUCACAUCUGAAGACAUGUACUGGACUCUGUCUGACUGGAAAGUUCUGCUGCUGACUGUACUCUUGUGGGACCGCCUUUGUGCCUUGGGGCUGAAACCCACGAGAUGGCCAUUGUAUUCCCAAAAGCCUUUGCUUCUCGCUUGGAAUGCCCCAACUGAGGACUGUGCCCCCCGUCAUGGUAUUCACUUUCAGCUGGACCAGUUCCAGAUCGUGGCCUCACCCAAUGAGGCCUUUUUUAGACAGAACCUCACCAUCUUCUACAAGGACCGCUUGGGCUUGUACCCUUACAUUGAGUUGGAUGAAACAACCGUGAACGGGGGUCUGCCCCAGUUGGCCAGCCUCACACAGCACCUGGAGAAGAUGCCAGAGGGUGUGCAGAGGUACAUCCGAGAACCUGAGGCUAAAGGUCUGGCUGUUAUUGACUGGGAGGAAUGGCGCCCACUCUGGGUACGAAACUGGGAAGUCAAGGAUGUUUAUCGCAGACAUUCUCGUAAGUUAGUGAGUCAGAAAAACCCAAAUUGGCCUCCAGAGCAGGUAGCAAAGGUAGCUCAGCAGGAAUUUGAGAUGUCUGCCAGGAAGUUCAUGUUAGAGACACUGAAGCUGGCCAAAAGCCUGAGGCCCAACCAGCUGUGGGGGUUCUACCUGUUCCCUGACUGUUACAACCACGACUACAGGCGCACGCUGGAGAACUACACCGGCCGCUGUCCGGAUGUGGAAGUGGCUCGCAAUGAGAAGCUGAAAUGGUUGUGGGCUGAGAGCACGGCCCUGUUCCCCUCCAUCUACAUGGGCACCGUGCUGCGGUCCUCCACCUCCGGACGCCAGUUUGUCCGGAACCGCGUGAAGGAGGGGAUGCGUUUGGCUUCGUCAGGCGAUGGGCUGGCACGUCCUGUCUUUGUGUACACCCGGCCCACCUACGCCAACUCCCUGCUUCAGCUGACAGAGACUGACUUGGUGUCCACCAUCGGAGAGAGCGUGGCUUUGGGAGCGGCUGGGAUCAUCCUGUGGGGAGAAGCGGUGUAUGCCAGCAACCGAACUAGCUGCUCCGACCUGGAUGCGUAUCUGCGGGGUCCGCUGGGUAAAUACCUCCUCAACGUCUCCACGGCAGCGGAGCUCUGCAGCCAGACCUUGUGCGGUUCUCACGGCCGCUGCCUGCGCAAAAAUCCAGACAGUGAUGUUUACUUGCAUCUGAACCCCCUCACCCACAGUGUCAUCAGUCAGAGUGGCAGACUGACAGUCAGCGGCGAGCUUGGCGAAGCAGAGAAGAUGAGUUUCCAGACGGAGUUUCAAUGUCAGUGCUACAGCGGCUACCAGGGAGAGGGCUGCGACCAGACGGACCCUCUGCACCAAAGAGGGGACGCACCUCGAACCACAGCAUCAACACUGCAAUGGGUGUCCUUACUGGUCCUCUGUCUGCUCCUCCUUUAAUGCACCAUCUAUACUGUGCGUUUGUAUGAUUUUUACAUUUUUUUUGCAAUUGCUGUAAAAUAAGGAUGACACAAGGUGAAAUUUUAUAGGAAACACUGUGGAAAUUGCAAUGUUUUUUUUUGUUGUUUAUAACUUUUAAUCUUUUUUUUUAAACAAUGGAGGCCUAGCUGGAAGUGACAUUGUUUACAUUUUGCUCUCAGUUUCCUGUCAGUCACUGUUUCCCAAAGUGUCAAAUUCCACAUUUGUGACAGUGAGAACAGUUUUAGGGACAAUGUGACGAGUUGGUGUGUGUUGACAGUGGAAUUGAUGCACUUAGAUUUAACAGUAGCACAAUGUAUUUGAAGUGCCUGAUCUUGUUUCACUAUGACCUCUUUAUGACAUCUGAUUUUACGGAGGCAUUUAUAGGAUUACUAUUUAUUUGAAUGUAUUUUAUAGAUGUUUUUAUAUGAAUCUCACAUUUUUAUGUCCAAAACAUGACUACUACUUCUAUAAGGAAUACAAUACUCAACUUUUGCAAAAAAAAUCUCAACUUUGAGCAGCUGUUUGUCUUCAAAAGACCAUUUUACAGUGUUAAAGAGCAUUUCUUACAGCUCCGUUACUCCAUUAUCUUACCACCCCUCUGUGUAUACUGUCCUUGACUUUCAUCAAUGUAAAUAAACUUCCUUGUUACAGAG